AACAGAAAAAACGGUAUAACUUUCUGUAUCUGUCUCUUUCUCUUCCUUUUAACAACCUUAAUUUCUGUCACAUUAAUGUUUCAAUUUCCUCUAAAGUUUCCAUCUUUAUUACAAUCAUCAAAAUCAAUUACGCUUUUUUCUCCUUAAUUUGUUUCAAUCAUCAAAAUCAAACACGUUUUGGGGUUCAUUGAAAUUGGCACAAUAUUGGGUUUUUCCCAUAAAUUUCAACAUUCCACAAAUCUCCAAAAUCUUUGAUCUUUGAUACCCCUCUUUUAUAUAUAGCACACUUGUUUGUUCAUAUUGCACACUAGGUGUUUGUGCAUUGUUCAAUUGCGUUGCACCAUCAAGCUAAUAAGACUCUGAUACGGACACCUGGCACAACACAAACUCUGACACGGUCACCUGACAGGAGAACUCUGACACGAACACCCGACAUGAUAUAGUAUGAUGAUUGUGAUAGUGUGUAAUUAGUGUUAGAUGGGAAACCACUGUGUUGGAAGGAGAAGAACCUCACGUUCAAUAGAUGAACCAUCACACUCAAAACUUCCAACUCUAUCUUGCUGGUCACGUGUAACCAAGAAAGAUCAUUUACACAAAACCAAUCCAACAAAUGCUACAGAAAUUGUUCAAAACCGGCCCCCGGAGGUAGUGAAAAUUGAAACGGACGAUGUAAAACCACCAAAACCACAACAAAAAUCACAAACGAGUCAAGUUUCUGUUGCUGUUUCUUCUACACAUUCAAAGCAUAAGAGACCUCACAAUGUGAAGAGAGUAGUGAGUGCAGGGCUAAAAACAGAUUCAGUUUUACAGCGAAAAACGGUUAAUCUUAGAGAGUUUUAUAAUUUGGGACCAAAGCUUGGACAAGGGCAAUUUGGAACUACGUUUCUUUGCGUAGAGAAAGCUACUGGAAAAGAGUAUGCAUGUAAAUCAAUCAUGAAGAGGAAAUUGUUGACAGAAGAGGAUGUUGAAGAUGUGAGGAGGGAGAUUCAGAUUAUGCAUCACUUGGCUGGGUGUCCGAAUUUGAUUUCAAUUAAGGAAGCUUCCGAGGAUGCUGUUGCUGUUCAUGUUGUUAUGGAGUUGUGUUCCGGUGGUGAACUUUUUGAUAGGAUUGUGGAAAGAGGGCAUUAUACAGAAAGAAAAGCAGCUAAACUUGCAAGGACUAUUGUUGGUGUAAUUCAGUCAUGUCAUGCUCUUGGUGUAAUGCAUCGCGAUCUUAAGCCGGAGAAUUUUCUUUUUGUUAAUCAACAGGAAGAUUCUCCUCUUAAGGCUAUAGAUUUUGGACUAUCUGCUUUUUUUAAACCAGGUGACAUUUUCAAUGAUGUAGUAGGAAGUCCUUACUAUGUUGCACCGGAAGUUUUACGCAAGCGAUAUGGCCCGGAAGCAGAUGUGUGGAGUGCCGGUGUCAUCUUGUACAUUCUCUUAUGUGGGGUGCCUCCAUUUUGGGGUGAAUCGGAGCAAGAGAUAUUUGAGGCCAUUUUGAAUAGUGAACUUGAUUUCUCAUCAGAUCCAUGGCCUAGUGUCUCCGACAGUGCAAAAGACUUGGUUAUGAGGAUGCUUGUCAGAGACCCUAGUAAACGGUUAUCAGCUUUUGACGUUCUUCGCCAUCCCUGGAUGGUGGACGGAGCAGCUCCUGACAAGCCUCUUGAUUCUGCAGUUUUAAGCCGCAUGAAGCAGUUUACUGCAAUGAACAAGCUCAAGAAAAUGGCUCUUAGAGUUAUUGCAGAGAAUCUCUCUGAAGACGAAAUUGCUGGAUUGAAAGAAAUGUUUAAGAUGAUCGACACUGACAAUAGUGGUCAGAUUUCUUUUGAAGAACUCAAGAUCGGACUGAAAAAAUUUGGUGCCAAUCUCAAUGAAUCUGAAAUUUAUGAUCUAAUGCAAGCUGCAGAUGUUGAUAACAGUGGUACAAUUGACUAUGGAGAAUUCAUAGCUGCAACAUUGCAUCUAAACAAAGUUGAGAGGGAAGAUCAUUUAGUUGCAGCUUUCUCAUAUUUUGAUAAAGAUGGAAGUGGAUUUAUCACUAAAGAUGAGCUUCAAAAAGCUUGUGAAGAAUUUGGCCUAGGGAAUGUCCCCUUGGAGGAAAUGAUCCGAGAUGCUGAUCAAAAUAAUGAUGGACGAAUAGACUACAAUGAAUUUGUGGCUAUGAUGCAGAGAGGGAAUGCAGAAAGGAGGGGUCGAAAGGGUAGCAGUACUAGUUUUAGAAUUGGAUUUAGGGAGGCAUUACCAAACUGCAACUAUAAAUAGCAAGGUUUAAUGCACUAGAAGAGCAAGAGUUGAACCACAAAAUCGUCCAACACUUGUCUUUAUCAUACAAGCCAUCGAGCUCUUCUUUCAAACACUCACUCCAGCUCUCUUCAUUUAAUACUUGGAUCAAAGAGUGUAUUGAGUGUUAUUUAGAUAAGCUUCUCAACUAGUUUAAGUUUUUUUUAAGAAUUGCUCAAGUCAUUAUGUAACUAGCAAUCGAGUGUGCGUUGUAAAGUCAGGAUUGACUGAGAUGAUUAAGUCAUUAGGGCUUGAAGAUUUUGAUCUUGGCUUAGAUCAAAGAAUUGUAAUUGAGAUCGGUAGUAUCUCAAGAUCAUAUUGGACAAACUCACAAAGUGUGAAGAUUGAACGAUACAUUGUCUUUUUGUGCGUUGUCUCUGAUCUCUUACCUUAUACUUUUAUUUUAUGCAAGGUUUAAUGCAC